UUUUUUUUUGUGGUACUGUUAUUGAAAAACGCAAUCUAAGUGCGGGAAAGUGUUGUACAUCGUAAAUGUAUAAAAUUUACUUAGAAUUGAAAUAUAUCGUACUCAAGAGUAUACUGUUUGAAUAUAGUGAGUUAUACACUCACUCAGAUUUAUUUGCGUUAAUCUUAAAGUAAAGAAUGGGUUCAAGAUCUAGAAGAAGCGGAAGGGAGUUACAAGAUGAGGCGAUGGAUGUUGACGAAGAUGAAUUUACAAGUGAACACAAAUUAAUGCUGCAAUACCUUCUACAUGAAAGAAUGGCUACAAAAGUGGAGCUUGUCAAUAUUCACAAGGAGUUGUUUGAAAACAGGGCUGAUUUAAAAGAUGUUUUGACAACAAUUACAAGUAAAAUCAAUCCAUUAAAAAUGGACAUCAAAGAAACAAAAUGUGAUCUGACUGGAGAGACUUAUUUCGUUCUCAUUCAUACAACAGGAGAAUCUUUCUUUCCACGAUGCUGUGUAUUCACCAAGCCUCAACUAGACUUUUUAAAACAGGUUCUCACUGGGAUAGUGUUGUCCUCUGAAGGUGCAGUUGGGACAAUUCCGGCAAUAAAUUCAUGCAAAACAAUGACCAAAAGUGAAGCUGGAGAUACGAUUGAAAAAUUUGUUAAAGAGAAAAUCUUGAUGGAAACAGCUGGACAUGGUUUGUGUUUGACUCCUCUGGCCGUCUUGGAGUUUGAGCCUUUCUUCAAGGCUUGCUUUUCAGGUAACCUUCUUGUCUGUGAUUUGUGUAAACAGUUGGUUUUCAUCGGUAAAGCUUGUGAUGGCUGUGAACAAAGGUUCCAUCUGCAUUGUGUGGACAAAUGGAUGAAGAGUAAAAAAACAGUGUGUCCUUCAUGUGCUCAACAUUGGCCAUGAAAUGAACAUUGUACACUGAAUUGUUUCAAGGUUUCUUGACAGUUCUAUUAAUUCUGUUUAAUAAUAAAUAAGUAUAUUUUAUUUUAUUGUAAUAUGUUAUUAUAAUGUACCUUGAAAAUAAAUAGUUGUUUUGUUUUUAAUA